AUGGUACAGUGGGUUCAGACAACCUUUGACCACAGUGGUAGGAAGUGGACGGGGCAGCAGGUUCGACGGUUUACCACUGAGUACCUCCUUUCAACUCAGUGGUCGGAAGUGGAAGUCAUAGGUGGCCGGAAGUUAGGCCACCAGGUUUUGCCGCACCUCUGGCCUCUGGUGGAUGUUUUUCGUGCCUUGCUGAGGUUCGCGGCGAUCGCCAAAGAUUUGCCUGGCUUCAGGCAGCUCUUCUGCAAAGGUUUAUGCUCUGCCUUGGGCCUUCCGGCACAUGGCAAUUGUGUGGAGGUUCUCAAUGUGACCAACGGCAGCAUCAUCGUCGAGUUCCUCAUGCGGCCACGUGCCCACACUGAUUCGCGGAGCGCUUUCGAGCUGAGUCAGCUCUUGGAGAAGCAGCUGAGCUCGCCCUACAGCGCCUUGCGACGAGGGCCCUUAGGCCGCCCCAGCGCCGCGCCGAUGCGUCGCCCAAGGGGGUGGGCAGCAGGAGCUUGGGGGGAUUGGGGUGCAGAAUCUGGGGGACGUCUCUGA